CCCAAACCAAAAUCUCAAUAAACCAAACCAAUUGUUUAAUUUGGCAAGAAAAACAGAAACGAGGAGAGGUUACUAAAUAUAUAGAAAUAAAAGGAUCAAAAAGGAAACAACUUUAUCUCAGCUUUUUCUUCUCAAUUAAAAUCAGUUUGGGAUUUUUUCGAAAACGCUUUUCAAUCUUCGUCUAUCUGUCUCCACGAUCCACGCCUUGACCUUCGUUUUUUUUUUCUCAGAGAUUAGAGAAAACUCCGAUAACCAAUUUCUCAAUCUUUUUGUAGAUCCAAUUUUUCCAGGAAAAAAAGAGGUUUCGCGAAGAAGAUGAGUUUUCAAGAUUUAGAAUCAGGAAGAGGAAGAUCAACGAGGAAAUUCAAUGGUGGUCGACAAGAUUCGACACAAGCCGUUGCUUCUGGAAUAUUCCAGAUCAAUACCGGAGUCUCCACGUUUCAGCGACUCGUUAACACACUUGGUACUCCCAAAGAUACACCGGAGCUCCGGGAGAAGCUGCACAAGACAAGGUUGCAUAUUGGACAGCUUGUGAAGGAUACUUCAGCUAAACUUAAAGAAGCUAGUGAAACUGAUCAUCAAAGCGGUGUCAAUCCAAGUAAGAAGAUUGCAGAUGCUAAGCUUGCAAGGGACUUUCAAGCUGUUUUAAAAGAGUUUCAGAAAGCUCAACAAACUGCUGCUGAAAGAGAAACCACUUAUACUCCUUUCGUGCCUCAAUCUGCUCUUCCCUCUAGCUAUACGGCGGGUGAGGUGGAUAAGGUACCGGAACAGCGGGCACAACUUCAGGAGUCGAAAAGACAAGAACUUGUAUUGUUAGACAACGAGAUUGCAUUCAACGAGGCUGUGAUUGAAGAAAGAGAGCAAGGAAUACAAGAAAUCCAUCAGCAAAUUGGUGAGGUUAACGAGAUAUUCAAAGAUCUUGCGGUUCUGGUUAACGAUCAAGGAGUCAUGAUAGAUGAUAUUGGUACUCACAUUGACAACUCCCGUGCUGCAACUUCACAAGGAAAAUCUCAGCUUGUGCAAGCCGCGAAAACACAAAAAUCAAACUCCUCUCUGACAUGCUUGCUCUUGGUGAUAUUUGGCAUUGUUCUCCUGAUCGUGAUUAUAGUACUCGCAGCUUGAUUUCGAACAGCAAGAACAUUUCGUUUGUGUGUGUUCAUUGAUCUUAAGGCAUCAAUGACUGGAACUACUUGGUAUAUAUUAUAUGUUGAAGAGAACACUUAGAAGUUGGUUUUGUGUUUGUUUGGGUUGGUUCAGUUCGGUUUGAGGUUCUAUUGGUUAAUGUAAUAGUGUGUGCGUGUGUGGCUUUUUUGUUGUGCAAACAUUUUGUUGGAGAUGACAGAAACUCUGUUUUGUUUGUGAUUCUCCUAUGUUCUCCUAAAUCUUUGUUGAGAGGAAACAAAAACUAUUUGCUCAAUGAGUGUCACAAAGAAGUUUGAAACC